AUGUCUAACCAAAUUCGUACCAUUUCUCCCUCCACACACGAAGUCAUCUUUGACCAACCUGGCACUUCACUUGAAGAAGCCAUCCAAGUCGCUGCAGAGUCAAAGAAAGCCUUUGAAACUUGGCGUACUUCUUCAUUGGAAGAUAGAAAGAGCAUCGUGAAGCGAGCAUUGGAUAUUGUCGCAAAGAACCGCGAUGAGUUAUCUAAAGACCUUACCACCCAAAUGGGCCGGCCCAUUAGAUACUGUGCAGCAGAGAUCAACACGAUGCGUCUCCGCGCUGAAUACUUGAUGGAAAUCGCUGAAGAGAGUCUCUCAGAUCUGCCUGGUCGGCCUGAAGCUGGUUUCCGGAGGGUGGUGAAGCGUGUUCCCGUUGGGCCGGUCUUGAUUGCAGGCACUUGGAAUUACCCCUUCUUGACUACGAUCAGCGCACUCGUGCCCGCUCUUUUGGCUGGUAACAGUGUCAUCCUCCGACCUUCGCCUCAGACCCCACUAUUUGGAAACCAAAUGUUGGAGAUCUUCACAGAGGCCGGACUUCCCCUUCACGUUCUCCAGGUCAUCCAUAUUGGAAAUCUAGAUGUUCUCGAUCAAGUGGUGCAAAUUCCUCAGAUCCAGUCUGUUUCCUUCACCGGCUCAACCGCAGGCGGUAUCAGAUUGAGAGAGGCAACCGCCCGUCAUAUCAAGCCUGUUAAUCUCGAGCUUGGUGGAAAUGACGCUGCCUAUGUUCGGGAAGAUGUCGAUGUUAAGAAUGUCGCGGAGAACCUUGUAGAUGGAGCUAUUUUCAACUCCGGGCAGAGCUGCUGCUCCAUUGAGCGGGUGUAUGUGCACGAGAAGGUUUACGAUGCCUUUGUUAGUGCGGUGCAAGAAGAGCUGAAAUCUUAUAAACUCGGUGAUCCCCACGACCAAAGCACAACUACUGGCCCGGUCAUCUCAGCCCAGGCUGUGAAGAACAUUAGCGGCCACGUCCAGGAUGCUUUGGACAAGGGAGCCGUCAACUCGACACCUGAGAACGUUAGCUUCCAGGUGGCCAGCAACCCCCAGACACAGAAAGGAAACUUUAUCGCUCCUGUCGUGUUGACCGGUGUCAACCACACGAUGGCUACGAUGAAAGAAGAGACAUUUGGUCCCGUUAUGCCUAUCAUGAAGGUAUCCAGUGACGAUGAAGCCGUGGCCCUCAUGAAUGAUAGUGACUACGGUUUGACCGCCAGUGUCUGGACGAAGGAUAUGGCUCAUGGAGAGGAGUUGAUUGAGCGUCUUGAGGCUGGCACGGUGUUCAUUAACCGCUGUGAUUAUCCAUCUCCGGAUCUUGCUUGGACCGGUUGGAAGCAAUCGGGGUUGGGUUGCACCCUUGGUCCCCGGGGCUAUGAUGGUUUCACCAAGCUGAAGAGCUUCCAUAUGAAAGAUGCCUCAGCUUAA